UUUGAAUUUGUGUAUACAGCUUCAUCUCACUUCUCUCGCAUUGUUUUGAACUUUCACCCAUACCACUCUUUCUUCACGCUCGUUCACACCUUUUCUUCUUGUUGGUCAAACAAAAAUCUCUACUCAAACGCUCUCUGCACAUCUUCAAGAUGUGUACCCCCUUCUUCAUCCUGUGGUUGUUGUUUGCAGCAGUCACCAACGCUGCAAAUGCUGCCAUUUUCCCAAUAUCAGCUGUGUCCCCUCUGUGCAAUGCUACUGACGUUGUGACUGAAACCGUGUUCGUCACGGCCAGUCUUGUCACUCCUCCUGUCGUUACGGUUACAGUCACUGCUUCUUCGGUCUCGUCUGCCUUGUUCACUCCACUACCAACUGCGGCUCCUCCUGCGCCUGUUGGAAACGCAACAACCACAAUCACUGAAACAGUCGGAAUUAGCAAUGACAGCAGCACUACCGUGACCUUGUUUUCGACCACCCGGCUUACAAUGACCACUGUCAUCCCGCCAUUCGCAAACACCACGGCUGCCACAGUGUUCACCAAUAUGUCUGUGAAUAGUACCACUACCGUCGUGGCCACUGAAAUGACAACCUCGACUCUUGUCCUGGCAAAUCUUAGCAGCACUACAACUGAAUCUGUGGAUACCAUCAUGCCGUCGUUGACCCCAGCCUCGGUCCCUGACACCGUCGUCUUGACAUUCCCUCCAUUACCGACAAUUACAGCAUCUCAGGACAGCAAUUCCACCGUGAUCAACACCUUUGGCCAGACUGCGACCGUGACCGAAACAUCGAUUGCGCUCGUCACCUUGACUACGACUACCGAUGGUCCUGGUCCUGCGCCUUUCGUGCCUGUUCCAGCUACUACCGCCAUGUCUGAGUCUUCACUCGACCAGGAAAACAUGACAACAACUACAACCACAAUGAUUUCGACCCGAAACAUCUCCCUUGUGAUCAUCACAUCAGGAACAACCACUGUUUUCCCUACUAUUUCGUCAGGACUUACCACUGGUACCGGUACUGGCUCUGUCAACAGCACUUCAAGCAACAUCACAACCUUUAAUGCGUCGACCCAGACCCCGACAUUUGGUGUCCUUAGCACCUCGUCGCUGUCGCUCACCCCAGUACAAACUGGCUCAGCUGCGUCGUUCCGCGUCCCAUACUUCGCUCGAGCAGUGGUCCUUAUCGGCCGCAUGCUCGUCAAAGCCGAUGACCUCCCCAUCGCCGUCUCAGCUCCAGACUCGGGCCUCAUCAACGUCACUGUCGGUGGUCCAACUCCUGCAGGAGCUCCUGUCCCAAUGUCGAUCCCAAUCAUAUCCACAUCGACAUUCUACGACAACUGCACCACCACAUCGACCACUGACAUCUCGUCAAUCUCCGUUUCAGUACCACUGCCAUUCCCAGCGCCAGAGACCUUUGAGAGCAUCAGCAGUUCAACCACAGUGACAGACACACUCACGGCACAGACCACUAUUGAGACCACAGUCGUGAUCGACAAUACUACAGCGACCUUCAACGUACCCGUCAUUCCACCGCAGUUUACUACGCCGUCUCCAGGUUCACUUGCACCACCGCUCUUCUUCAACAUGACUGGUCAACUCGCGACUACUACUGCUCCCGACGUGACCACUGCUCCAAGCACAGACUCCAACUCGUCGACCACAACACCAUUCAAUCUCCUCACGUUCCUUACCGGCACUGGCGCAGACAACGAUACUCCAACCGACACUCCACCAUCAGAGACUGGUCUAUGGUUGAAUACUUCUAGUGGUCUGGAUGCACACAAUUCAUACCUCACUUCUAGUGCCAGCACUUACCCACCCACACCAACUCCGACCGCUCAUGGUGGCGCUGGUGUUGCUAUGCCUCUGCCACCCAAGGGUCUGGUCAUUGGCACCGUCACCUGCCUCUUAUUCGUGGGAGCUGGUGCUUGGAUCGUCUUGUGAUACUCGUCGAUACCUAUCCGAGAUGUCAAAAUGACAUGAAAACAAAGUCCUUCGUAAAGGAAAACAUCAUUGGCUGGUUGUUUAGGAAAGGAGGCCAACAAGGCGUUAUUCAGGAAAGAUUUUCUACUGGAUAAGAAGAGUGAGAAAAAGUCUCGACGCACUGGAAACGUCCGAGCACGAAAAAUGAAAAUGCAUUGCAUACUCAUAUGUUUUGCCUG